UAAAAAUGGUCAUAGCUGCCCCUCCAACUUCCUCGUUAUUUACGACUCUUGCCACUCUCCGCCGCCCCACCAAACCCCACCGGCGACCUCACCGGAGAUGACCUCCUCCUCCACCGCCGCCGCCGCCAUUCAAUCCGCCUCGUCCUCCACCCUCUCCCCGCACGCGGCUCCCUUCGCCCUCCCCGUCCGCCCGGCCCGCGCCCCUCUCCAAGAUGGUGAUGUUUCUAGGUCGAUGGAUGGUAGCAUUGUGGUGCAUGGAUUAGAUAAUAAAAUUUUAGGAGAUGCUCAUCCAUCAUCGUCGUCAGCAACAUCUUGCUUUCGAACACAAUCAUUUGACACAGUUUUACCAGCCUCCACAUGUGGAGCGAACGCAAGUCAGCCGAGGGAAUGGCCAGAAAUUGGCAGCGAUGCAGCUUAUCCAUCCUCGAUUUGUUCUACUUCUGUGGUAUUUUCAUAUCCUUCAGUCAUGAUGGCCUCCAAUCAUAACCAGAAAAAUCCCUUGUACCCUGGGAUGGGAAGUAAUGGAAGCAGAUGUUCAACAGUCAAGAUAGAAAGCCCACCAAAUAAAAUAUCUGAAGCCAAUAAAAUCAGUUGUGGUUUAACGAGCAAGUCAUCUAUGACAAAAGAUGUUAGUAAAUCCAACGAAGAUGCUGUGAAAAAUGCCCCCUUUCCACAAAUUUUGGAAGUUGGUAUGGAGAUCUGCUCCAAAGAGGCAAGCCCUGUCUCCCAUACGAGGCCUCUUCAUAUUUCAACUGCUGGCUCUGAUCCAUGCGAUUCUAUGGCUGAUGGUGUGAAAACAGAACCAUCAGAAUGCUAUGUGGAUUCACCAUGUUGGAGAGGAAGAGGAACUUCACUUUCUCAUCAAACGUCAGUGACACAGUUAAUAAAUCAAGAAUCAGAGGCUUUUGAUGCUGGCCAAAAGAAGAGCACUAGCACUGUUCAGCAUUGUGAGGUUCUGACCGCAUCUCAAAAUUUGGACACUAUCGAGAAUAAGCAAAACCAAUCCCAAUCUCAUGUUGAAUUGUCUGUGUCUAUGAAAUCUGGAGACAAUGGUAAAAAAGAGGAAGAAGUUUCCCACAAUAAGGAGCUUGAGAGUGCAAAACAAUGUGCAGCAAAAUGCACCGCAGAGCAGAAACACAGUUUGGAGCUGAGAGAUAAUAGCGUGAAGCGAUCUGGUCUAAACUUUGCUGCUCCUGAUUUUAUCCCUUCAUCAGUUGGGAAAUCAAAAAUUGUCAAAGGGUCCUGUUCCACGACAGGAAGGAACACUUCUGGAAUUCUCAAGGCAAUGGGGAAUUUGUCAGAAAUGCUUCGCGAUAGCUGUUUGUUGGAUGAAAAUGAGCUCGAUGAGCAUGAGCACACUCUCCUCCAAUCAGUAAUUGAGAAUCUUCAGACAUGUAUUGAUAGGAAAAAAAAGGGUCCCAUUAAUGAUGAUGGCUCUAACAAGGCAGGACUAAGGGCUCCUCAUUCUCAGUCCGCCGUUUUAAAAUCUUAUGCAGGGGACUACAGAGGUAGUUGUACAACCAAUGGUGGAAAUGGCAUAACUGUAAAUAAAUCUGUGGGUCCUACUCGUGUGCUCAGUGAUUUUGGGAAGAACAGCUUGACAUGGUCCCAGCCUUCAUUCAACAAUAUUCCAAGGAUGAUAUCCUGUGAAGAAGACCACUCACAGAUUCUCAUUUAUAAGAAUCUGUGGAUUGAUGCUGAGCGUACAAAUUGUGAGUUGAAGUAUCUACUGAAACAGAACCGUAUCAAAAUUGGCCAAGAAUCCAGUAUGGCUCAUAUUGGUGGUCCAAGAAAUCCUUCUUUCCAGGCAUGUGAUUUAGGUGCAGGUCCAAGUAAUUCUUAUGGAGCUGCCAUAUCUUACCCACCAACUCUGAGUUUUCCUAAGGGUGAUUCUACUGAAGAGACAUCAAGAGCAAGGAACACUGACCUCCUUUACACUGGUGAUUGCAUCCGGUUAGGAGAUAACAGUGUGCCUAGCUGCUCUGCAAGCACCAUCAGCCAUCCUACUCGACCGAAUAAUUUUCAGGGUGACCUUUUAACAGGCUUGGAGGAAACUGGCUUGCAUCAUCAUGCUCAGCCAGUACCGCAACUCGCACCGAGCAGAGUUCACAGGGAACCGAGAAUAAGCACUAUGGAUGAAGCGUCAGGCCACUCAUGCUUCACCGGAGCAGACGGCAUUUUGAGUGGCAAUUCUGAAUAUGGCUUGUCAUCAGAUUGGGAGCAUGUUCUGAAGGAAGAAAUCGGCUGGAGCUGAAGGGAUCUGCCAGCCAGAUUGCUACUUAAUUUGUACAUAUAUAUAUGCUUGAGUAAUUAGAGAUGCAGGAAUUCUGCUCAUGGGUUUAUUUUGAGUUUUUUUGUCUGAUAAGGCUGAGGAUAGCAGGCACUGCUUGGCAAAAUGGUGCUUUCCAGCCUCUGAAAAAACAGCACCACUUUUAUGUAUGCAUGUCUAAUUAGCUUCUUAUGAACAAUUGUAUAAGAACUCCUAAGUCCUAACCUAGCUGCACAUUUUGGCCAUGGCAGUGCCAAAUUGUCACUAUGUGAAUUGUUCUCUUGCAACUAAAUUAAGCAAGCAAUUAGAUCCA